AUGAAUCCAGCUGUGGCGAUAGGGCCUCUCUUGCAACCAGAGCUUAACGACAGUUCCACUUUAAUUCUUAACUUAAUAAAUGGUUCAGAAACAUUUAUGAAUGCUGCUUUUGGAUGGAUCAAUGUGAAGGAUGUUGCAAACGCACAUAUUCUGGCAUAUGAAGAUGCUUCAGCUAAUGGAAGAUAUUGUUUGGUUGAAAAAGUGAUACAUUUCUCUGAACUUAUUAAGAUUUUACAUGAUAUGUAUCCAACAUUGCAAAUUCCGAACAAGUGUGCAGAUGAUAAGCUUUUGAUGCAAACAUUUCAAUUUGCUGACUUCUAA